CCUAGGAGCCCCCCUCUCUCCUCGCCCACCUCCGCCGGGAGCGAGCGCCGCGGCUGUGCGGAAAAGCCAUGGGAGGCAAGACCUCGGCACCUGUUCAGCUGAAAUCAAGGGCUUACAGUAUACUGGGCAGUCUGGCUUGGUGAUAGGAGCGAACGAAAGGAAGGAGAAGCGAGCAAGAAAAAGUGAGAGAGGAUUGGAGCGACUGCCGCUGCUGGGGAAAAAAAAAAUAAAAACCCAAGGAAGAUAACUGGGAAGGAAAAGGAUUUUCAUGGCGCAGGCUGCAGAGCUAAGCAAGAAGACUGAAGGUUGCAUCUCUGCUCUUACAGUCUCUAACUGUCUAGGUCCAGAUAAUGAGAGAUUGUGUUGAGGAUGCUGCUGCUGCUCCCCUGUUCACUGUGGAAGCCAUCUCCAAAUUAGCCAUUACAUAUGGAAACUGGAGACCAGAAUUUUAGAAAAAGGGAUUAAGGCGUCUCGUUUUGGGGGGGGUUCUCUCUUUAUUUGUUUGGUUUUUUCUUGGUUCUUUUGUGUCUCUUUUUUUUUCUUUUUCCUUUUUCCUUUUUUUAUAUUUCAACCAGAACGUUUCCGAUUUAAAAGGCAAGCCUGUUCCCGUGUGGUCUUUCUAAUUUACACUCUUUUCCGUGGGCUUUCUUACCUCUCUUUUUUGAUAUCUAUCUCUCUAUAUAUACCCAUUAUAUUAUUAGUCGGAAUUAUUAUUCUUUUAUUUUAUUAAACACACACACCCCAAGAAUCAGAAGGCGGUUGGGUAUUUGUAUAAUGAAGAAUUAUGGGGCUCUUUGACAGAGGUGUUCAGAUGCUUUUAACCACCGUUGGUGCUUUCGCUGCCUUCAGCCUGAUGACCAUAGCUGUGGGGACCGACUACUGGCUUUACUCCAGAGGGGUUUGCAAGACUAAAACUGUCAGUGAGAACGAAACCAGCAAAAAGAACGAGGAAGUCAUGACCCAUUCUGGAUUAUGGAGAACCUGCUGCCUGGAAGGGAAUUUUAAAGGUCUGUGUAAGCAAAUCGAUCACUUCCCUGAGGAUGCAGAUUAUGAAGCCGAUACAGCAGAAUAUUUCCUCCGGGCUGUUAGAGCCUCUAGUAUUUUUCCGAUCCUGAGUGUGAUUCUGCUUUUCAUGGGUGGACUCUGCAUUGCAGCCAGCGAGUUCUACAAAACUCGACACAACAUCAUCCUUAGUGCCGGCAUCUUCUUCGUGUCUGCAGGUCUGAGUAAUAUAAUUGGGAUCAUCGUAUACAUAUCAGCCAACGCUGGAGACCCCUCGAAGAGCGACUCCAAGAAGAACAGCUACUCCUACGGCUGGUCCUUCUACUUUGGGGCCCUGUCCUUCAUUAUAGCUGAGAUGGUGGGAGUGCUGGCCGUCCACAUGUUCAUUGACCGGCACAAACAGCUGCGCGCCAACGCUCGCGCCACGGACUACCUCCAGUCCUCCGCCAUCACCCGCAUCCCCAGCUACCGGUACCGCUACCAGAGACGCAGCCGCUCCAGCUCCCGCUCCACUGAGCCUUCACACUCCAGGGAUGCCUCUCCCGUCGGGAUCAAAGGGUUCAACACCCUCCCAUCAACAGAGAUCUCGAUGUACACCCUGAGCAGGGACCCGCUGAAGGCCACCACCACCCCUACCGCUACCUACAACUCCGACAGGGAUAACAGCUUCCUCCAGGUUCACAACUGUAUCCAGAAGGAGAACAAGGACUCGAUCCACACCAACACAGCCAACCGCCGGACCACCCCGGUAUGAAGCCGCCGCCAGGAGCUGCAAGUGGGGAAGGAGGAGGCAGGAGGAUGGGGUGGGGGACGGG